AUGGACCCCGUCCAGGUAUGUGCCAGUUCCCUACAGAUAACCAACAAUGCCACCAAAUCUCCUGUAGGGUGGCGGACUGGAGAAAGCGACUUCCCUCAGGGACUUCAAUCAAAUGCGUGGGCGUAUUCACUAGAAACUAGAGAAAAUAAAGUCG